GUGGAUGGUCGUGAAAAGCAAACCAAGAAAAUCAGAGCAGAAGAACCAUCAAUAAUGGCGAUUCUCCCACUCUCAAGAGCCACGCUCCUUCAUCUUCUUCUGUCUCUCUAUCUUUUUGGUCAUGCCAUCUCAUCUUCAGCCACGGGCACCAGCAGUGUGCCGGCCACUACAUUCGGCGACGACGUCCCGCCGGCCAACCGUUCAAGUUUCCCGGCGGGAUUCAUCUUCGGGUCGGCGUCGGCUUCUUACCAGGUUGAAGGCGCGGUAGCUGAAGGUGGGAAAGGACCUACCAAUUGGGAUGUCUACACUGCCAAAUAUCCAGAGAGGAUAGCCGAUCGUAGCAACGGGAAUGUGGCCGUCGAUGCGUAUCAUCGUUACAAGGAAGACAUAGCAAUCAUGAAAAGUUUAGGAUUUAAUUCUUAUAGAUUUUCUCUCUCGUGGGCUCGAAUUUUACCAAUGUUACUUAUUAUGUCGUCGUAACACUUUGGUCUCCUUAUUAAUUAACGAAUUCCUCAAAUGGUGGUAUCUCCAGGCAUUAAACCUUUUGUGACCAUAUUUCACUUCGACCUUCCUGAAGCCCUGGAAAAAGAAUAUGCCGGCUUCCUUAGCCGUAAAAUUGUGAAGGAUUUUGUCGCCUAUGCGGAUCUUUGUUUCAAGCACUUUGGAGAUCGAGUUCAACACUGGGUCACAGUCAACGAGCCUCUAUCGCUUGCUUUGUUUGGCUAUGGCCAGGGAACGUUGGCGCCUGGCCGAUGCUCGAAAUGGAUGAACUUGAACUGCACUGGGGGAGACUCAGCCACCGAGCCAUACAUAGUCGGACACCACCUCCUUCUUUCCCAUGCCUUCAUCGUCAAAUUGUACAGAGAGAAAUAUCAAGCAACACAAAAGGGCAAGAUCGGCACUGCCCAAGUGAUACAAUGGCUUCUUCCUCUCUCCGAUUCGAAGGAAGAUCACGAAGCUAGGCAACGGAGAAUAGAUUUCACGCUUGGAUGGUUUCAGGACCCAUUGGCCACCGGAGACUAUCCGGCAUCGAUGAGAGCUAAUGUGGGGAAACGAUUGCCCGAAUUCUCAAAAGAGGAAGCCGAGAUGUUGAAAGGCUCUGCCGAUUUCGUGGGGUUGAACUACUAUACAUCUUACUACGUUUUCAAUGACCCUCCUCCGGCUAAUGCUCUCAAGAGCGCUACGACUGAUUCUCAUACCAAUUUUUCACCCACGAAGAAUAAUGUCGAUAUCGGCCCAAAGGCAGGGAUAGUUUGGCAGUACAUUUACCCCAAAGGGAUUCGAGAUGUUGUUCUCUAUGCGACAAAGAAGUAUCCUAACACACCUAUUUACAUCACUGAAAAUGGCAUGGGGGAGGUCAAUAACGACACCUUAAGUAUCAAGGAAGCUCUUAACGACACUCUGAGAGUCUUUUUCUAUCGUGAGCAUAUAGCAUAUCUCAACAGUGCAAUCAAGUAAGAUCAAUAUACCACGAUUUAAUUUAAUGUUUCACAUGCUUGUCUACAAACUAUGGUUAUUAAAUUUUCAAAUGUCUUGACAUUUCGUGUAUAUAAUUUUAGAAUGUAUGCAUUCAUAAUAAAAAUUAAUAAAUAAAUAACUUUUGCACAAUUUAUCUGGUCAUGCAGGGAUGGUGCAAAUGUGAAAGGACAUUUUGCUUGGUCAAUAAUGGACAACUUUGAAUGGGCGGAGGGCUAUACGAUCCGAUUCGGCAUAAACUUUGUGGACUACAAAAAUGGGCUUAAACGAUACCCUAAACAAUCUGCCAUCUGGUACCGUAACUUCUUCAGGAAUUAGUCAUGAUCUAUCCGACUUUGAUAAUUGUACUUUGUUUGAGUUUUCAUGUUGUCAUUUCCGAAAAGACAUAUUCUAUGAGAG